UUGUGACACAACGUAUUUCCUCCAUGCUUGUUAGAAGCCAACGUAGCGUGAUUUAAAUAUCCGUUCACCGGUUAUUGAUUAAAACGUUCAUUUAAAAUGCUUUAUUAUAACCUUACUGUGUAUCGAAGAGUUGUGUCUUUAAUGGCGACGGACGAGUCCAAGUAGACAACAACGUGUAGGGUUGCUUUUCCUUUACUUGUGGACUCUUCUAGCAAGUAGUGUGUUUGAAUCUCAGCUGUCAUGGAGGGUCUGGAGGAGAAGCUCAAAGGUUUGUCCAUCGCCCGGCGGUGUCUCCCGGAGGAGCCCACCUACCUGCUGGAUGUGGCCCUUCAGCCGGCCGGCCUCCUGGCUGUUUCCUGCUCCAACUUCACCAUCCACCUCCACAACAAGGACACUCUGAGCCUGGUGGGACAGUAUCAAGGCCACAGCGGCCCGCUUUGUGGGAUCGUGUUCUCCCACUCCUCCCCUGACUCCCUCUACUCUGGUUCUGCUGAUGGGACGGUCCGGGGGUGGGACGUCCGCCGCCCCGGGACAGAAGCGGUUCAGGUGUUUAAAAGCGACCCGUCACAUAAAUACUGUAGCUUCGACUUGAACUGCAGCGACACACUCCUGUGUGCUGGCACCGAGCAGGUGAACGAUGAAGACAGCUUCCUGGUUUUCUGGGACGUUAGAAAUCCAGGCGGCAAGCUCCUCGGGGUGUAUUCUGAGUCGCACAGCGAUGACAUCACACAGGUGUGCUUCCACCCUCGAGAGAAGGACCGGCUGGCUUCUGGCUCCACAGACGGCCUUGUGAAUGUGUUCGACCUGAGCCGGGGGGCGGAGGACGAGGCGCUGCUGGCCACCUGUAACAGCGACUCGUCAGCGGGCUCGGUGUGUUGGUCCGGAGCCGAGUUCACCCAGCUGCUGUGCCUCAGCCAUGACGAGGGGCUUCACCUGUGGGAUCUGGGGCAGCUGGACACAGACGAGCCCCUCACCCUCUUCAGCACCUCCGACGCCCGCGGCCUGCCUCUUCUGGCUGACGGAGGAGGCGUGGAUUACCUGGUGGGAGGCGGGUGGCUGCAGGAGGCCCAGAAGCUGCUGGUGGUCGGAGGGAAGAACAGCGGGGAUCUCCACCUGAUGGAGUGUGACCACGCUGGGCUCCGUCUGCUGAGGACUCUCGAGGGGGGUCACUCUUCUACGGUGCGCUGCUUCCUGUGGGACACGGCGGGGGAGGCUUUGUUCACCGGGGGAGAGGACGCUCAGCUUUUGCUAUGGAAGCCAGGAGGGGAGGAGCUGACGUCGGGGAAAAGGAAAUCCAAGAAGAGCGAGUCAGCUUUGAGACUCAAAUCAAGGCCGCAUAAAAAACAUGGCUACCAGAGAGAGAAGAAGGGAGCGUAGCUGAGGAAGGCAAAAUACUGAAUCACACUGACUUUACUUCAAUGCUAAAGGAAAAUAAGGUCUCCAACUUUAGGAACUGACCCAAUACAUUUGUUCAAAAUUGCAUAACACACUGCAUACUACAUACUCAAUCAGUGUAUCCUGCACACUGGGCUCUAUAGCUACCAUUUAGUGCCAUUAGAAGAAGACGCUUUGGUUGGACCACGUGACUAUCAAUCUUAACAUUACAGAUAAAAAACUAUAUUUGAAGGAAAACUGUAAAUGAUUAAUGUGAAUCAACAUUAACUCUCUCACUCAAUUCAAUAUUUUCAGUGUUAUUUCAUUAUUUGAUUCUUAAAUAGGUUUAAACAGUACAUCAUGUAUAUGUAUAUCCUCUUAUUUGUACUGAAACGUCACUCGACAAGAAUCAUAAUUAUUUCAUCUAAUAGUCAGGUAUUCAAACAGUCUUCUCUAAAGUUUGCCAUCGGACAGUCUUAAGAGCCGCAGUGCGUUCAGGGAAUUUGAGUAUGUCCAGUGAGCUCAGGUCUUAUACUCAAAAAUUAUUGCAGUCUCGCACACGGAUGGGCCCUGAAAACUCUCCACAUCAAUUUGACGUCAAACCAUCUCAGUAUGAAUAGGGUGUUAGUAUGCAAUUUUGUGAGGUCCUGAGUCAAUGGCACAUACCAAUCCUAAACAGGUUUGUAGUAUGUUCACACUGGAAAAACAAAACUGCGACUCAAAGAUUUAGCAGAAUAACAACUCAGAGCAAUAAAAAACAAAGUUUAUGUUGGUUAGAUUUGUUACUGGCCAGAUAAUUUACACACAUCUUGCAUACUACGUGUACAAAACAGCUCUUGAAUUCUAUCUGAAGAAACAAUAUACUGUGAAUCUUAAUAUAUUGUACACAGCUAAGGUUUCUCUAAUAGUAACAGUUUUAAAUAAAGAUUUUCCAAAUGUUUUAUACCGUCCAAUAAAGUGUCAUUUUAAUA